AUGACUAAAAGAUCGCAGCAAGCAAGUUAUUCUGACGAUAAAGAGUCAAGUGAAGUGUCCGAACCUACAACUUUAAAACGUGUUCGUUUCACUGGCGAAAGUUCUGUAACAGACAAAGAGGUAGAAGGUGAAUUCGAGUUCGAUCACAGUGAUUUUCUGGAAUCCGCAAAAAAACGUCGUGGUGCUGUCAAACUGGAAGGUUAUGCCAGUGACGAAACAGAUACCAGUGAUGAUGAUGGCACAGAACGUUUCAACCGUCGUACUGGUGAAGGUACUAAGGGAAAAGCUAUUGAGGAAGAUUUGGAAGAUAUGUUUGCAGAAGAUGUUCCUUCUUCGGUAUCGAAACAAAAAGUUUCAUAUAGUUCUGAUAAGAAAAAAGUCAGAUAUUUAGAGUCUGAUGAAAUUGUUGGUCAAGAUUAUUCUUCUAAAGAUAUGUUUGAUGAUGAUUCUGGUGAACCUGUGAUCGAGGCUUUUAAUAUGAAAGCUGAAUUAGAAGAAGGAAAAUUUGAUGAAGCUGGAAACUACAUUCGUAAUAAAAAAGACCCUGAUGCCUUUCACGACAAUUGGCUUCAGGGUAUAUCCUGUAAAGAAAUUGAAAAAGCAAGAAUCGCUCAUGAAAAAAAAGAAAAAGAAAGACGACUUAAAGAAGCCCAAGAAGAUUCAAAGGAUCCAAUAGACCGAAUAUCAAUAUGGAAAGAGCUAUUGACCAUAAUGAAACCUGGUGAGACAUUGCUUGAUACCUUUCAACGAUUGGGUGGUGGCACGGGUGCUAAAUCUAAAAAUAAGCGCACUUCAAGACAAUACUCAAAAAAACCUAAAGGAAGGACCAUGGAAAUAUCUGAACCUUCUCAACCACCAGAACCAAAAGAACUUAGUGCUGAAGAAAUACAGGAACAAGCUCGUAAAAAGUGUAUAGAACGUCUCACUGAUCUAUCGGAUAAAAUGAUGGCUUUGGGACAUUUUGAUGUAUAUAGUGAUACAUGGGAACAAAUUUCAA